AUGUUGUCUUACUCAUCCUCCAUCCUCAUAGCACUGGCUGCUUUGUUAGUGACAUGCCAUGCAUUGUGUAAAUGCCCAGGAAUUGCUGGGCCACCUGGUAUCCCUGGAGGAGAUGGUCUGAAAGGUCUGCCUGGUUCUCUGGCUGCCAAACACCACAGUGUUUUAGCAAACUUGAAACACCGACUUUUCCGACUUGAAGCUGCGCUUGCUUUGAAUGGGAAAAUAAGAAAAGUAGGAGAGAAAAUCCUUGCCAGCAAUGGGAAGAAAGUUGACUUUGUAUCUGCUCUAAAAUCCUGUGAAGAGGCUGGAGGGACUCUUGCAGCUCCCAAGAACGAGGAGGAGAAUAAAGCUAUAAUGGACAUUGUGAAACAGUAUAACCAAUAUGCUUACUUGGGCAUUAGAAAGGGAGAAGCUUCAGGUCAAUUUAGGUAUAUAAAUGGCAUGCCUCUGAAUUACAUCAACUGGCACCAGCAUGAGCCUAAUAGCAAAGGGAAAGAGAAAUGCGUGGAGAUGUACACCGACGGCACCUGGAAUGACAAAAAAUGCGAUAGGAAUCGUCUCACAAUCUGCAAAUUUUAA